CUCCUUUGCUCUACAGGUCCCCAACUUGCUGUGCGCAUUCAGUGCUUCCGAGGCCCAAUCGGAUCGAUACGCUGGAAUCGAAUUGGCACAAUCUUCAUUUUUUUUCUCGCCCUCUUUAUCUAUUCUAUCCGGGUGUCAAAUCAAGCCACUGGCUUGGGAACUGAAAGCGCCGUCGCGUUUGCCCUCCCAACUCCUCUGCGACGUUCGUCGGACUUUUCUCGCCACCGCUCUUCCCCCCUGAGAAGCAUCUCUAGGCCAUUGACGACAGGGGCCACGGCCGAUUUUCAUCAUGGCUGAUAUCGACGACGAGCUCCUUGCUCUUGCGGGCGGUGACUCGGAUGAGGAGGGAUCUGUGAGCGCGAGCAGAGAGGCGUCGGCGUCGCCGCCACCAGCCUCAGACGACGAGAUGCCCAAGUCACCCGAGACCAAAUCGAAGCGAAGGUCAAAGCAGGAUGAGUCGGAAGACGAGGGUGAGGCAUCCGAUGCCCCUUCACACAACUCCUUGGAAUCAGCUUCGAUGGACGAGUCCGACUCUGAUACCGAGCCUGCGCACGGCGCGAGCCGUUCUACCACUGCCCCGGGGGCCAACGACGAUGACAAGUAUCCUGUUGACGGCAUGUUUAUGAGCGAGGCCGAAAAGGCUGAGAUCAUGGCCAUGCGAGAAGUAGAGCGCGAGCAGAUUAUUGCGGAUCGAAUCUCUGAGAUAGAGCGUCAGCGUCAGAAUCGCCUGCUACGACAAAUGGUCAACAACGUCGAGAUUGAGGAGCGCAAGCAGGUUAAGAAGAAGCGUAGCGCUGAUACCGAACUCGAGGAUGGCGCUCGUAGAGCAUCGAGACCGAAAACGGGCAAAGGCAGCGAAUCGGCGAUUGACUCCCUUCGCAGGGCGCGCGCCGAGAAAGCAAGACGGCAGGAGGACCGAGAAAGGCGGAGGGAUGGGAUGUCACCGCAUGGCCGCGAAUCAAGAGAACCGGAGGAGAGCGACGAUGACUUCGGACAGUCGCGCAAUCGCUCGCCGGAGAAGGCUGCUGCUAGGGAGCUGCCGCCACCCGAGCUUCGCGAUUUCGACCGAGUCCGCCUUGGUCGCAACGAGUUUGCGCAGGUGUGCUCUACUCCUGGCUUCGAGUCGGCCAUUACGGGGUGCUACAUCCGCAUCGCUCUGGGGGCCCACCCUGAAACAGGCAUUGAGCAAUAUCGCAUGGCCCUGAUUAAAGGAUUUACAACCGGCAGACCAUACGCUCUAAAUGGCCCUCAAGGCUCGUUUGUCACUGAUCAAUACGUCAAGGCUACCCACGGCAAGGCCGUCAAGGAGUUUCCCUUUAUUGCGGCGUCAGGUGGCCAAUUCACAGAGGGUGAACUGAACCGGUACAAAGUAACAUGCCACAAUGAUGGCGUCACAUUGCCUACGAAAGAUUUCCUGGUAGACAAGAUUGAUGACAUCAAUGCGUUGAUCAACCACAAAUGGACGAAUGAAGAGAUCAAGGCCAGACUGGCAAAGCGCAACGAGCUUCGUAAACGAUUUGAUCCACAGGAACGCCAACGACUUGCCAAUCUUGCCGAGGAAGCUGCCCAACGAGGCGACGAUCAAAGGGCCGAGGAGCUGCAAGAAGAGCUAGAAAAGCUCGGCAGGGAGCGCCUUGCCUUUAAGACAAGCUUGGGCCCAUCCAAAAACCCAGAGGCCACCAAGGCGUCGUCAGAACAAGACAGACUGGCGGAGCGUAACCGAGAGAAUCGCCGCCUGAAUCAAGAAGCAGUCCGAAAGGCUCAGCUGAAAGAAAAGGCAAAGGCGCGAGAAAUCGAGAUGGCGCUCAAGCGCGGCGAGGUCAUUUCAGAAGACUACUCGCGACGACUUCGAACAAAGGCCAAGUUUGUGCACGACGUCAACGAAAAGGUUGGCGAGAAGCCGGAGGCUCCAAAGGACGGCGCGGGCGCAGCGACGAACGGGACUAAGGGCCCUUCAUCGUCCCAGAUGCUGCCGCACCUGGCCAAGUUGCAAGAGAAGCAUUACUCCGAAACUAAAGGCCUGCCGACUAUUCACAAGCCCAUCAUGGAUGAUGACGUUAUUGGGGCGCUGGAUCUGGAAAUUGACGUAGAAAUUUGAGCUGCGCCUUUUCGCUUAAGCUGGCCAGGCAGGCUUCCUGAUUCAUGUUUUAAAUCCACUCUUCAUUUCUAUUUUUCUAAUUUUACCUGGUAUUGCUCCUUUUUUAUUUGAUGAGGUGUUGAUACAAUAAAAAAAAAAGGAGAAGCGGGUUUAGUGGAAAAGAGCGGCGGGCAUAUUUGGAGUUGGACGGAAUGGAAUGGAAUGAAUUUCGAUAUCUCUCUUUUUUUUUUUUUUUUUUUUUUUUU